AACUUAGACAAAAAUACUUGCCGUGGAUUUAACAUGCUAAAUGUGAGGUAUUGAUAGAUUUUAGGAUUAAACCAAACAAACCAAAAAUUUGACUUGCCUAAAUUGUGACGACCGAAUUUUGGGCACGGACCAAUCAAACUCAUCUAUGUUACGGAAUGGACCAGUAGCAAAUUAUUCCGAGUCCACACCCAACGGCCAACCCAGCCGGAAAACCCCCAAAAGCGGUUGCUCUGCUCGCACUCGCCUCGCUCCGCCGCGUCCUCAAAACCCCACUCGGCCAUGGAACCACCUUCGCCGCCGCGCCCGUGUGAGGAGGAGGAGGAGGAGGAGGCUGAGAUCGACUUCGACGAGGAGGAGGAGGACCCGGAGGAGGUGGAGCCGUGGUUCACGUCCUCCUCCGACUCGGAGGCGGAGCGGGAGCCGAAGCGCCCGGCAGCGCUCGAGCCGCCACCGCCGCCGAUCCCAUUCCCCGCCCCCGCCUGGGCCGUGCCGCCGGAGCAGCAGCCGGCUCCGAUCACCGCGGUGGAGGCGGAGAAGAAGGGCGAUGGGGACUCUGAUGCGAGGCCGCGGUGGCCCGGCACGAACGUGUUCCGGCUGGUGGUGCCCACGGACAAGGUCGGCGGCGUCAUCGGCCGCCGCGGCGAGACCAUCAAGCGCCUCUGCGACGAGACCCGCGCCCGCAUCCGCGUCCUCGACGCCCCGCUCGGCGCCGCCUGCCGGAUAGUUUUAGUAUCUGCAAAAGAAGAAGUUGAAGCAGAGAUGUCACCUGCGAUGAAUGCUGCAAUUAAGAUCUUCAAGCAUAUAAACGAGAUAGAAGAGAUCAAUUCUGAUGGAACCUUAUCUGCUUCUGCAUCAGACAUUUGUUCUGUUAGAUUAUUAGUUCCUUUUGAACAAGCUGUCCACUUAAUUGGCAAGCAAGGAGUCACAAUUAAGUCAAUUGAAGAAAGUACAGGUACUACUGUAAGGAUUAGAGACGAAGAUGAGCUUUUGAGUCAUGAGACAGUGGAUGAAAGAAUUGUUGAGAUACGUGGUGCUUCCCUCAAGGUUCUGAAUGCACUAAAAUCAGUGCUUGAACUUCUCCGGAAGUUCUUAGUUGAUCAUGGUGUGCUUCAUCUUUUUGAAAGGAAGAACCAAGAAGUAGUUCAACCACAGGAUGCUUCUAAUUAUCCUCUUGCUGUGAACCAGGAUUUUUUGUUGUCUGAUCAACGCAGUCAUGGUGACCCAAUAAGCAGUAGACUUCUGUAUGGACAUGAUCCAUCUUUUUGCGGUCCACACCAUGCAACUGAUUCCUUAAUGAUACAGCAGAGUCGUGCUAACCCAAAAGGCAGUAGAUUCUUAUAUGGACGUGAUCCAUCUUUUCAUGACCCAUACUCUCGAGAUCUGAGCCAACCAACUGAUUCGCUAAUAACAAAGAUUACACGGACAAUGCAAGUCCCACUGGCAUAUGCAGAAGACGUAAUUGGUGUGAGGGGAGAAAACAUUGAAUACAUUCGUUCUGUUAGUGGAGCAGUUGUGGCUCUUGAGGAGAUUGGAGAUUAUCAAGAGGUUCAAGUUAUGAUUGAAGGCACUCCUUCACAAGUUCAAACUGCACAUCAACUCGUACAGGAGGUUAUAUCAGGUGACAGAGCGCCACCAUCCAGGAGCAGUUACUACAACAGUGAGGGGGCUGACCCAGGUCUUUUAAACUCUCCACAUGUUGGCUCAAGGUUUCUGCACUCUCCACGUGCCAUCGCAACAAGCCGGGAAUACCUGCCAUGGCAAUACGAAGAACAGACACCCCAUGGCCAUUGGAGAAACCCUACUCACUAUGAUUACAGAGGCUACAGGCCAUAGGAAACGAACUCAUCUACCAAGUCACUGUUUUCUGCUAUCAUGACAAGUUUCUGUAGAUGAUUUAUGUGGAGUGGAAGAACGAAAUGGAUCCACGGUUGUGCUCCGAUCCUGACGCUAGACGAUGUUCACCUGACCAAACUAGCUAGUUUGUAUAUUCUAGUCUUGAGAGAGAGAUACAAGUCCUCAAUAACCUUGCAUUGCUAGCCUCACUUGAUCCCAGCAGCUUGAGUGUAUGGCUAACUUUAUCAGCGUCUCAAUCAGUUGUUGCCCCUAUGGCCCUAUCACUUGUUUGGCCCCUUUAUUUCCUUUCUUCAGGCCUGAGACAGUCAGACAUGAUGAACCUCUUCUUCUCUUAUGUCCACUGGAGUACAUGUUUAUAUGCUGAA